UUGUGGUAGAAAUGGAUAGAAGGCAUCCUUGGUUUGUUAGUAACCGAUCGAUAAACGCGCUGCUACCCUGGCGCUCUUUAUCCCACCACCCCUUAAAACUCUCCUACCAAAGGGGGGAACAACGUUGACUGUGUUUCAUUACCUCUUGCUUGCGUAGAACACGAACAAAAAUUUCCCAUGGUGUCCAUGGAGUCUCUUGUGCGGGUCGUUGUGGCGGGACGCCAAAAUUAUCACCUCAAAUUUUAUCGGUGAGGGGGCAAAAUAUCCCAGUGUCCCAUCUCAAUGACGAAAAAUUUUGUUGGAAUAAAAUUUUUGUUGAGUGCUUGAGGGGUGGAAACUACAUUUGAGGAGAAGGAAUAGACGCAACUCGGUGUAAUAAUGAACAUUACGUGGACGUACGUGUGAAGGGGCGUGGUAGGGAGGGAAUGUAGAGUCAUUAAACGAUUGAAUCUCGUUGAAAGAAUUCUUGGGUGAACUUGCAGUAAAAUAUCAAAUACGAAACUGGAUACACAGGAGAGCGACAAAAUUGAGGAGGACGUGAAAAUGGUGUCCUUACCCAGCACAGAAUCUGGGAAUAUGGACAGAAUGGAUCGUUUAUCCGAUGAUGAUGAUGAUGAGCCAAGUAGUGGAUCUGAGACAUAUGAAGAAGGUGAUCUACUGUCAGCUGCCAUGGAUGAUGACGUGACGGCCCAGCUCGCCGCUGCAGGUUGGCAAAUCAAAUGCGCUAAUGGACCAGUUGGGGUGGCGGCAGCUGCGGCAAUUGUCUCAGCGAAGAAGCGAAAACGACCACACAGUUUCGAGACGAAUCCCAGUAUCAGGAAGAGACAACAGAAUAGACUUUUGAGAAAACUCAGGCAAACGAUAGAUGAAUUUGCUACAAGAGUUGGCCAGCAAGCAGUAGUAUUAGUAGCAACACCAGGAAAACCAAAUAGUAGUUACAAAGUGUUUGGAGCAAAACCACUGGAGGACGUAGUUAAAAAUUUAAAAACAAUGAUAAUGGAGGAGCUUGAAAGUGCUCUUGCACAGCAAGCGCCACCACCCGUUCAGGAUGAUCCGUCACUCUACGAACUACCGCCACUCAUCAUUGAUGGUAUACCAACCCCCGUUGAGAAGAUGACGCAAGCACAGCUUAGAGCAUUUAUCCCGUUGAUGCUGAAGUAUUCGACGGGUCGAGGGAAACCUGGCUGGGGUCGUGAAAGCACACGGCCGCCGUGGUGGCCAAAAGAAUUACCGUGGGCCAAUGUACGAAUGGACGCACGUUCUGAAGACGAAAAACAAAAGAUUUCAUGGACACACGCACUGAGACAAAUAGUCAUAAAUUGUUACAAAUUUCAUGGAAGAGAAGAUUUACUACCAGCAUUCAGUGAAGACGAUGACAAGUCAAAUGUUCUGAUACAGCAUCCAACACCUCACUCAUCACACACGUCCUCGAAUCAGGCUCAAAGUGGCCAGUCACAGCAACAGACGGUGGGAGUCGUUCGUCUAAGCACAACAGGCUCAUCUAAGGGAAACUCAUCGCCACCGCAAAUCAUUGCUGCAUCGCCUACGACUCUUGCCACUGCCACUCAGAUGACAGCCCAGUAUCCAACAACGGUUCUCCAAACAAUAACGAACCCAGACGGCACCGUGUCCAUAAUCCAAGUAGAUCCAAGUAAUCCCAUAAUAACUCUACCAGACGGCACCACCGCUCAAGUACAAGGGGUUGCAACUAUACACACGAGUCAGGGUGAAGUGCAAACACUGGCAGAAGUGGGUGGUGCUGAUGGUACGAGUGUGGCUGUCGAUCUCAAUAGCGUGACCGAAGCAACACUUGGCCAAGAUGGACAAAUCAUUCUUACUGGAGAAGAUGGACACGGGUAUCCAGUAUCAGUGUCGGGUGUUAUCACAGUGCCAGUAUCAGCCAGUAUGUAUCAAACAAUGGUGGCUAAUAUACAGAGUGAUGGAACAAUGCAAGUUGUAACACCAAUGCAAGUACAAGUACCGAAAGUUGAGCCUGGUAAUGGAGAAACAAGCAUCGAAGCUGUGACUAUUCAGGGUCAUCCAAUGACAAUGAUCAAUGCUAAUGGAGAGCAUCAGGUGUUACAAGUGAUAUCAUUGAAAGACGCUAAUGCACUGACCAAGGCAAUGCAGGGUGAGCUCGUCAAAGACGAGGAUAGCCAGCAUCAGCAGACUGUUUCUAGCCCUGAAUAUUAUUCACUCAAGAUUAUGGAAAAUUCGAAUUAACGUUUGAAUAUCGUCAUUUAAAAAUCAUCGAUGAAUGUUAAUUUUAAAAGGAAAAUACCAGUUUACGUGGAUUCAAGUGUUAAAUUUAAUUUAUUCAAUUCUUCAAAUGGGAUUAAUUGAUUCUUCAGGUUAAAAAAAAUUCUCCCAAUUAAUUUGUUUUCCUAUGCAAUUUGGAGAACUGAUUCUUCCCUCUUAUUGUUCCCUCCCACCAAAAUUGGAUGCAACUCGAGGUGAUAUACACUGUUUGUGUUAAUGUGUUUAGAACGAAAAUAAUCAACUUGAAAUUUAUAUAAUACAAAAAACAAAUAAAAAAAGUGAAUGGACUGUUGAAACGAGUGUGUACGUUACCGUAUGGUAGAUUUGCUGAACUCAAUAUAAACGAUUAGAAGAUGUAUUUAUGUUAUGUGUUUUAAAUGGAAGAAACAAGUGGAAUCGAAUAAUUAGUUGAAGAAAAAAUCAAUUUCUACUAUAAUUUUUUGUCAGGAAUUAAUGCAAUCAAAAAUAGGACGAUUUUUUUGUAACGUUUUUGUUAAUGAGUCAUUUCAACCAUCUGGCUAGAAGUGGAUAAAACGUUCCCAGGAACAAACAUAAAUAGGUACCAUUAUUUAACUCUAGUCAUAAUUAAAUGAGUUCCAGGGGACGUUAAUUAAUACCAAUGAUUUUUUAAAUAACAACAUAUAUUCAAUUAAAAGAUAGGUAUAUCAAUUCAUUCGUGGGAUUAAUCGGUUAAUUGAUUGAUUGAUUGAUUUAUGAAUCAAUGGAUUAUCGUGAUUUUUUCUCUUUUUUCAUAACGAACAUCUUCAUUCUUAUGAAGAUAAUAUCAGCAUAAAAACAUCGCGCCGGGGAAGCAAUUUUAUAAUUUCACUUUGUUUUAAUUAAUUUAUUCGUUUAUCUACUAUGAUAGGUAAUUCCAAUUCAAAUAGUAAAUAAUGAAGUUAUUUAUAGAAAAUAUCUAGUGCGAAGAAUUUUAAUUAAAAACUGAUAGGAAAACAAAAGAUCAUAUAUACAAUACUGUAAGUGAAAAAAAACAACCAUUUCGUAAUCUGUUUUAUAGCACCGAUUAGGAAGACUAAGCAUUUCUGACGGGUACAAAUAGGUUUAAGAGUAUUUAAACAAUUUUUGGAAAUGUGAGAAUUUGAAAAAAAAGAAAUACAAAAAAACUUUGGGUGCACAUCAUUAUGUUGCUAAACUUUAGGGUGUAAUUAGUUUUAUAAAUAUCAUGGGCGUUAAUGAAUUUCUAUUGUUCUGAAGGAAUGGAGAAAAAUUGAAUAAAAAAGUUAAAAUUGGAAGAAUUGAUGAAAAUCUAGUCGAGCAGAGAAAUUCAAAUUCCUAUUAACUAACUUUUGUGUAUCGGAAGAGAAUAAAAAGCAAUUUGUUAGAAAAAUUAUUAAUCAAAUUUUGAGAAUUUUUUUGUUCAUUCAAGGAAAAAUGUUGAAAAAGAGCAUAAUGAUAUUGAGGAUAUCCAAGUGAAACAGUCACUGUAAUUAAAUAGAUUUUUGGAAAAUUGUUCAUGGCAAAAAACAAAUUCUACUCGACUAGUUGAAUUACACGUAACAAAACUGGAAUUCAUCGUUUUUAUGAAUAUCAAAUUCAAAACACUGUGCCACUCGAAUAUCCUCAAUCCCUCAAAAAUGAACUGAUUGAUGAUUAUAUGCUACUUUAUUUCAUCCCGAAAGUUACGACAUUUCUAUGAAGCUAAAAAAGAGUAAUAAAAGUGAAAAAUAAAUUCUUGUUAAUUGAAUUUUUUAAGCAGAUGUCAAACUGUACAUUCUCAUAGUGAAAUAUUACCUGCAGAAUAUUGUAUCGUUCAUGGAAAUCUAUAAAUCAUAAUAUAAACAUAUGUGUAUAUGACUAUUAACUGUGUAACAUGUAAUGUACUUUGUAAAUAUUCAGUGUGACCCUUCCGCUUUUGUUAUUUUCGGUGUGAGAAAGUAAAAAAAUCAACAGCAUUCAGAUUUUAGAGAAGACAUAAGGAAAUUAAUGAACAGAAAACGAAUUA